CGGUUGUGGUCUGAACUUCAAUUUCAAAAUUAUAUUUGGGAAGACACAACCACCACCUCUGCGCAUCUAGUACAUUCAUUUCGAUUUCUGAAAUAUACCCUCAUCUCACUCCAAUACACUCCUCAGAUACCCCGUCAAGAUACUCCGCCGUAGUUCCUUCUUUUACACCAACCCAUAACAUCUUCAACUCACCCUUGACUCAAUAUCGAUCUUACAGACCACCAACGUUCCUUCCCACGAACACCCCUCCAAUAUUAUCUAAGAGGGCCACAACACGAAUAUAAGGUUUGGUAUCUUUCGUUUUUGGAAAGCACUUAGGAAUCGAAUCAUAAUUGGAAAGAACAAGUGAAUAUAGUAUUCAGGAUUUAAAUUCAAGAUGCCUCGUGAGUUCAAUUUCCUUCUCAAUUCUAACCUCAACCGCAACCAUAAUCAUCGCGAGACAAAUCUCAACUUCCACCUCCGCCUCUACGAAAAUCUGAACUUCGACAAGCAAAAUGGGUUGCGGAACGGAGGAUACGCUUGGCUCAAUCAUCCGUGAAGUGAUUUCCGAAGCUGAGUUCGUGGCGACAAAUCCCUUCGAUAAUAAUCAGGAUAUCCAAAAUGCGCUGUUGGCAUCGGUCUGCUGGGUUGAUAGCACAUACGAUCGUGCAUACUAUAUUCCGGAGCAUUGGACUGAUAUAGCAUAUGCAGUAAAUACUGGCGACCCGUACAUUGAUGCUGGGGUAGUUUCUAUGCCACUUUCCGAUUUAGUAAACGCAAAAAUUGGUGUGGAAGCUACAGCAUACCUGUCAAAUCUUUUGAAAGGGCCUGCCGAUGAACCUCUACUUGCAGCUUUGGGCGGAGAACCCAUGGCAUUAAAAUUACACAUCGAGAACGAUUUGGACAAAUGGAAGGAACAUGAAAUGGAGCCAUACUUCGUUUUUGAAGGUCAAUCAGUUGUCGGCAAGAAGGAAAUGACUAUGCGCCGUCUGAAGUCUGCCAUACCCGAAACAGAGCAAGCCUGGGCAAUUUAUAACCAAGGCAAUCCUACAGAUGCUGUCGCAGCUUUUCGCAAAGCUAGCGCUAUCCAAAUCACCGACCUAUAUCAUAUCCUAAAGGAAGUGCUUACUGCGAGGGACUUGGAUUACAUGACUGCUCCUUUCAGUGCUUGUGCUCAGCUCGCCGCCCUCGAUCGUCAUGAUGAACAAUUCAUUGAUGGAAUUAUGGGCUCUCAAGAAUUACUUCUCUAUGACAUUUGGGAUGCUGUCAUUUACCCACCCACCCCAGCGGACUGGGAGAAUAGAUCUUUAAGAGGCGUUGUUAGGUCUGAAAUUAUCAAGAAGCUUAACGUUACACCAGACAUGCUUGCCGAUGCAUUAUUAAUGACCGGAACCUCAUUUUUACCACCGUUCCCUCCCCUUCAAGAUCAAUCUAUCAUCACCCGUCAACCAUACACCGUUGGUGAUGCUGUCAACCUACUGAGAACCUCGGAAAAGUCGGUUAGUGCGACUUGCACAGCUUUCAACGAUAUCUUAAGUUUGCAAGAUCGAGAUUGGCUUGACAAGUACCGAAAGGCAAAGAUGGGUAUCAAGCAUUGUGUUACUGUGCACACAGAUGGAAGCAUUCAUAUCAGAGAUUUUGAUCACUUGACAGGAGACAAUCAUGAAUAUCUUGGUUUGCAACUACCUGCCGAGUUAUACUCUUAUCUUCAAAAAGAUGUGAUCAGUUCGCGUCUUAUGAACACUUUCAACUCUCUCGAAUACCAUGUUCUUCCAACUCUUGAUGGCUUUGUAUCACCUGAAUAUCGAAAGCUAGUUACAGAAUCUCUUUUGCCACUCAAAGAGACUUCUGCAGCCCUCAUUGCUCCCCGAAUGCAUCGUGGUUUCCUCUACAAGGAUAUCACUAUGCGCUUAUGGUUCGAUGAUGAAAACAAGCCAUCCUUAAAUCAUAGACGCUUACAACCACAGACUAAUAACUUGGUUGAUGUGUGGGGUUUAAAGGAUCCUGAAUUAAAGAAAUUGGAAGCAAAAUCAUUACAAGCAGGAACCUUGUCUUUUGCCGCGAUAUCAUUACUUGAUAACAAGGACCUCCCCGCUAAAACUAUCGGCAAAGGAAAGACUACUGGUCUUUCCUCGAAGGCAGAGAUCCUUUCCAAUUCUUUAUGGCGUCUACUUCAUCUCAGAGGCUACAUCAACGAUCAACACGAGCUUACAAAUUGGGGAAAAGCAUUAGCCACUGCUUUGAAAGCCAUCCAACCUAUUUCCGAGAAACAUAAGGAUGUUCACUUUAUUGAGGAAGCAGCAUUCGUGGCAUUCGAGCUCAUUCGUUUUCAAAAUCUCCACAAUCGUGACCAUCACCCUGAAUUGAUUGGAGGGCCACUGCGAGGCGAAGAGGAAGACAAAGCAAACUGUAUGCUCAUAAGUCGGGUUGCCUGUCUUCUGAAAGUCAGACACUCCCCAAUCGGUUAUACUGGUCCUUUAAGCAAGAAUUUCCUUUCAUAUCAUUCAAUCAUCAAAUCUAUUCGGGAAACAGAUAGAGAUCUAAUUGAAGCCAUUGUCGCCUCGAUGCUUUUGAGUGGUCAAGUUGCCCGUGAUGUUAAGCAAUAUCAAGGGUUAGGUCGCAGUCUCCCAUUUGAUAAUGAUAUUGAUAUCGCUUUCGGAAUCGCCGUCAAAACUUACCUCGAUGACUGUGUCAACCCCGAAUCAUUGAAAGAGGACAAGGAGAAAAGAGUAACGAGAUAUGCUAAUCAAUAUAUUCCUUACGCAAUUAAUUUUGUAGAGGAUCUUGAUGUUGCAUUUGGUUUCUUUGAUGCUUUGUAUAAGGGAGUCAAGACUUUGUCCGAUGCAGAGAUGAAGGAGGCUGAGAAGAAGACAUGGGAUGAUGCAAAGGCAUAUCUCGAUGCGAGAAGAUAAAUGAAGGCAUAGGGGUUGGGCGGUAGUGAUAUUACUUCUGGCAUGAUGAACUUGGCUCUGGUGUGAUGGGGUUUGGAGGUGUGGAAGAACGUCGGGUUAUGGAUAAUGAUGAGUGGAAUGUGACGACGGAGAUGGUUUGAAUGGAAUGGAUGGGCAGGCAUAUCUCAAGUCAACGUGACAACACACUAUCUGCUACUAAACAAUACCUUAUGGAUGUUGAAGGGGACAGGUUAGUAGCUAGAGGCCAGAAGAAUAAAACAUCGUCAACCCCA